CGCCGGCUGCGUGGCUCGGUUCUUGUGAGCGAAGCUUUGUCCGGUUCGGCAAUGGACGGAAUUGUCACUGAAGUUGCAGUUGGCGUGAAGAGAGGAUCUGACGAACUACUCUCAGGCAGUGUUCUCAGUAGUCCAAACUCUAACAUGAGCAGCAUGGUGGUUACAGCCAAUGGUAAUGAUAGUAAAAAAUUUAAAGGAGAAGAUAAAAUGGAUGGUGCUCCUUCUCGUGUACUUCAUAUUCGAAAAUUACCGGGUGAAGUGACAGAAACUGAAGUUAUUGCUUUAGGCUUACCUUUUGGUAAGGUGACCAACAUCCUUAUGCUGAAAGGAAAAAAUCAGGCAUUUUUGGAACUAGCAACAGAGGAAGCAGCUAUUACUAUGGUUAAUUACUAUUCUGCUGUGACACCUCACCUUCGUAACCAACCGAUUUAUAUUCAGUACUCCAAUCACAAAGAACUAAAAACAGAUAAUACAUUGAACCAACGUGCUCAAGCAGUUCUUCAAGCUGUGACAGCUGUCCAGACAGCAAAUACUCCUCUUAGUGGCACCACAGUUAGUGAGAGUGCAGUGACUCCAGCCCAGAGUCCAGUGCUUAGAAUAAUUAUUGACAAUAUGUAUUACCCUGUAACACUUGAUGUUCUUCACCAAAUAUUUUCUAAGUUUGGUGCUGUAUUGAAGAUAAUCACAUUUACAAAAAAUAACCAGUUUCAAGCUCUUCUCCAGUAUGGCGAUCCAGUAAAUGCUCAGCAAGCAAAACUAGCCCUAGAUGGUCAGAAUAUUUAUAAUGCUUGCUGUACCCUAAGGAUUGAUUUUUCCAAACUUGUGAAUUUGAAUGUAAAAUACAACAAUGAUAAAAGUAGGGAUUAUACUCGACCUGAUCUUCCAUCUGGGGAUGGACAACCUGCAUUGGACCCAGCUAUUGCUGCAGCAUUUGCCAAGGAGACAUCUCUCUUAGGGCUUCCUGUUGCAGCUGUUCCAGGAGCUCUGAGUCCUUUGGCUAUUCCAAACGCUGCUGCAGCAGCUGCUGCAGCUGCUGCUGGCCGAGUGGGUAUGCCUGGAGUCUCAGCUGGUGGCAAUACAGUCCUGUUGGUUAGCAAUUUAAAUGAAGAGAUGGUUACGCCCCAAAGUCUGUUUACCCUCUUCGGUGUUUAUGGAGAUGUGCAGCGUGUGAAGAUUUUGUACAAUAAGAAAGACAGUGCUCUAAUACAGAUGGCUGAUGGAAACCAGUCACAACUGGCCAUGAAUCAUCUUAAUGGACAGAAGAUGUAUGGAAAAAUUAUUCGUGUUACUCUGUCUAAACAUCAGACUGUACAACUACCUCGAGAGGGACUUGACGAUCAAGGGCUAACAAAAGAUUUUGGUAAUUCCCCACUGCAUCGUUUUAAGAAACCUGGAUCCAAAAAUUUUCAGAACAUUUUUCCUCCUUCUGCAACCCUUCACCUAUCCAAUAUCCCUCCUUCAGUAGCAGAAGAGGAUCUACGAACACUGUUUGCUAACACUGGGGGCACUGUGAAAGCAUUUAAGUUUUUUCAAAGAGAUCACAAAAUGGCUCUUCUUCAGAUGGCAACAGUGGAAGAAGCUAUUCAGGCCUUGAUUGAUCUUCAUAAUUAUAACCUUGGUGAAAACCAUCAUCUGAGAGUGUCUUUCUCCAAGUCAACAAUUUAAAAAAGGGGAGAUGAAGAUUGGCGGUGAAUCACAUUGUUUGGUGUCAACACCUAUUGACUGUUCAGAAAAGUGGGGACCAGAGUUUGAUUUUUUUUGUUGUUUUCUUUUUUUUUUUCUUUUUUCCCAUGCUGUUAUCAUUCCUUGGUUAUAAAAUGAAAUGGCAUAUGUAAAGGCAGAGUUAUUAACUGCUCUCUUUCAUCUGUUCUGUAGAGAAGCCAUUUUUAUUGUCUGUUUAAAAUUUUAAUUUUACUUUCCUUUUUCAACUUAGUUGACAUACGUGCCUUAAAAAGGAAAACUAGUGUUGCUAUUGUGCAUUUACUAGAAGAAAGGAAUUGGUUGUCUAGGGCACAUUGUUAAAUGGGAAUUAACAAUAUGUUUAGGCAGGGGUGUGUAAAAAGGUUAAGUUUUUGUUUCUCCUGCUUGGAACUUAUUUUGAAUUAUUGGCUUGUCACAUUUCUUUAUAUUUAAUCAAAUAAGAUACAUGAUACUGAAAGAAUAAAGCAGCAUUUUUUUAGUUUUUACUACCUUAGGCUUUAUUGCUUUAAAAAAAACAUUGGCCUUUUGUAUCUCACAAUUCUGGUCUAGAUUCAGUUAUGAAUGUAGGCAUUAGUUAAAAUUAACAAGAUGCAGAGUAUUAAUUUCUUAAGACAACAAAGUGAUUUCUGUAAGUUUGAGCCCUAUGUGGAAAGCAUUGUGGAAUCUUAACCUUUUUGUACACACUCUUGUGGGACGUAUCAUAUAAAUGUCAGCACUAAGUAACGUCUUGUUUGUGGCUGAAUAUUUUUCGUAGAUGUUUUUGAAGUUGACAUGAUUUAUGUGCAUUUAAAUAUAUAUUGCCAUCCUUAGUUUGUAAUUAAGAUUUGGAAUACGGUUGUGGAUUUCUGAGCAUGUGCAGACUGGUCUAGCUAGUUCAGGAACUGGUGCAUGUAUUUUUCAAAGAUAAAAGAAAGUGUACUGCGAAAAUUUGCAGGAAGAUUAAUUUUGUGGCAGUUUUCUAAAACUGACAACCAGGUGGGACCAAAGUUUAUGUGCCUUUAGUCUUAAUUUACCUUGCAUUGUAAUAUUCAGUUUUAAUAAAUCUUCAAAAUAUUUUGUAUUUAGGAAUAGAUCUGACUUUGACUUUAAUAAAAACAUGGCUCAGAAUCUACAGGUCAAAUUAAUUUGAACAGUUCUUGUCAAUCUGAAUUGUUGAUUCUGUUUAAAUGACCAAUACUUUUUCAAAUUGAUGUACUUAGUUUCAAGGUUCAUAGAUUCUGUUAUCUAUGUAGACAGAAUGG